UCAGAAAAUGAAUCAUGACUCGCGAGUCGGUAAAAAGAACCGUUCAAAAAGAAUAAACAAUUCGCGAACUGCACUUCACUAAAGAAAUGUAGGGCAGCUUGAAUCAGUGAAGGAGUCCAGUAACGGGACCGGUUGAAGUUUCACUUAAGAAACCACCUAUUGUUGACAUUUGCCGAAGUUAUCCAAUGGCAUGCCACGUAGAGAAAAUUGGAACAAUAUAUUAGAUUCAUGCUAUAUUUUGCUCACUCUUGGUUGUCUAAACAACUUGUGUUGUCCUUCGCAAGGAAAUUGCAGGAACCUUCCAGUGGCGUUCCACUGUGUCACUCGGAACUAUUUCUUAACCGGACUAUGGGAACACUUGUUAUCCUCAAAGGUUCAGGAAGAAAAACGACGAAGGAAAUUACAGUUUAAAUGAUAGCGUACAAUAUAAUUAGAGGCGUGAAAUAUACAUCUCCGGGAGAAGUUUGAAGUAUUCAAGUAUGGAGUCGGGUCGACGGAAAGGUCUCAACGGGGUCCUGUCUUCCUUGUCUCUGCUCUGUGUCAUUCUGGACAUCCAGUUGGACGGUAAGACAAGACAGACAAGUGUUGUUUCAGGUGUCUUGGGGGCAACUCAUGUGGAGAUUGAGCAGCACUUGGAGAUGGGCCGUAAGCUGUUGGCCGCUGGUCAACUGGCGGAGGCUUUGUCCCACUACCACUAUGCAGUGGAGGGAGACUCUAAGAACUACCUCACCUACUACACGCGGGCAGCUGUAUUUCUGGCCAUGGGGAAGUCCAAAUCAGCCCUUCCAGAUCUGACCAGAGCCAUCCAGCUCAAACCAGACUUCCUGGCUGCCAGACUGCAGAGAGGGAAUAUCCUCCUGAAGCAGGGCAACACCCAGGAUGCUCGGGAGGACUUUGAGACUGUGCUGCAUCGCUCCCCUGACCAGGAGGAGGCACGGGACCAGUUGAUGAGGGCCAACAAGCUGGAGGAGCUGCGGGAGGAGGCCCACGUGGCCCACCACAGAGGAGACUACAGCACCACCAUCACUGUGCUGGACCGCGUCGUAGAGCUCUCCCCCUGGGACCCUGAGUCUCGGGAGCUCCGAGCUGAUUGCUACAUCCGCCUGGGAGACCCCAGGAAGGCCAUCCACGACCUGACUCCCACCACCCAGCUGAGGAAUGACAACCGAGCUGCCUUCCUCAAGCUCAGCAUCCUGCAUUAUAGCCUGGGAGAGCACCAGGAGUCACUAGGUCACGUCCGAGAGUGUCUGAAGCUGGACCAGGAUGACAAGGACUGUUUAUCCCACUACAAACAGGUGAAGAAGCUCAGCAAGCAGCUGGACUCUGCCGAGGAGCACAUCGAUGAGGCGAGGUAUCAGGAGGCCAUAGCCAAGUAUGAGUCAGUGAUGAGAAGAGAGCCUAAUGUCCCAUACUACACCAACAAGGCCAAUGAGAGGAUCUGCUUCUGCCUGGUCAAGAACAAGAUGACUGCUAAGGCAAUAGACAUCUGUUCUGAAGCCCACCAGAGAGACCCACGCAACAUCAACAUCCUCCGAGACAGAGCUGAGGCUUUCAUCCUCAACCAGGACUACGAGAAAGCGGUGGAAGACUACCAGGAAGCGAGGGAGUUUGACAUGGAGAACAAUGAGAUCAGGGAAGGUCUGGAGCGAGCCCAAAAACUGCUCAAGCUCUCCCGGAAGAGAGACUAUUACAAAAUCUUGGGUGUCAAUAGGAGUGCCAACAAACAGGAAAUCAUCAAGGCGUACAGGAAGCUGGCCCAACAGUGGCAUCCUGACAACUUCAGAGAGCAGGCAAAGAAGAUGGAGGCGGAGAAAAGGUUCAUCGACAUCGCCUCUGCUAAAGAGGUGCUCACCGACCCAGAAAAGCGUCAGAAAUUUGACUUAGGCGAGGACCCCCUGGACCCAGAGAGCCAGCAGGGUGGAGGAGGGGGUCAGGGUGGCCAAGGACGGCCCUUCCACUUCAACCCCUUCGACUCCGGCGGCAACUACCACUUCAAGUUCAACCACGAGUGAGGACGAGAAACAUGCGGGUGCUGACGGAACCGGAAAGGACCUACGAUUGGGGGAUUUAAGGCCUAUGAAAACCUGUGGAGUAAUUUAUGGAUGUACCCAUGUUUGGGGGAUUGUGGGUAAUGUAAUGAGACUACGGGGACGUGAAUGACUGGCAAAGGCAGUGGACUACUACUGUCCCUCGAGGGUUAAACUUUCUACCACAGAUUCUACAUGGAUGAAACUGGGUGACAAUGUGUCGGCAGUUGACUCAAAGUAUUUUAUUAGCAUCCCCAAUUAGACGCUUCCAAGGCAAUGUCUACUCUUCCUGGGGUUGAAACGGGAAACAAAAAAACAAAUAAUAUACAAUACAUGUAAAAAUGUCUGUCUCUCCACAGUUGGCGUCGUGAGGUGUUUUUUAAAAUUUUUUAUCUGGUUUUAAGGCUGGCUGAUAAUCUUACCUGGGGUGGCAGAGUUCCAUGUAGUCAUGGCUCUAAUUUAAUACUGUGCAUUACCCAGUGUCAUUUCUUGACCUGGGGACUAUGAAGAGUCCUCUGGCUGCAUGUCUUGAGUGGUACUGAACUGUGUACCAACUGCUUGAACGGACAGUUCAGUACCUUUUUAACCCAUCAUCACCUCACACAAAGACCAAUAGUGACGCAGUCAAUCAAUCCUCAACUUUGAUCCAAAAGAGAUUGACAUGCAUACCACUGAUAUUCACCCUCCGCGUACAUCUAAGUGCAAUACGUGCUGCUCUGUUCUGGAGCAAUUGCAAUUUUCCACUCGAGUGGUCGAAGAUGCGAGAAUGAAGACUAGUAUAGGUGUGCUGUUCAGUCCUCCCAACUAGGCCCAGGCUGUAGAUGACAUCAGUGCAUCCCUCCUCCAGUAUCCAUGUCUUUUUCUUUGGGAUGUCUGUCUGCUGCUUUUGCUUUGUUUGCAGUUUUUUUUUCUUUUUUGCCUCAUUCUUCCUCAAAUGGCUCGUUUUGGUAACAACGUAGCUCUUUUGGUUUUUGCUCUGCUAUAAUAACCUGGGUGUUGGACUCCUUAUCCAUUUAUUUAUAGUGCUAAGACGAGCUCAAGUUGGAUAAAAUCAGAUUCAGACUGAAAUCCAAGCUACUCAGACAGGUUAUAUUCAGAAAAGUACAACAUUCAGAGUUUUCAGAAUGUUUUAUAAGAGAUUGAUGUCGUUCUCUUCACCACACACACUAUGUCUGCUUCAUUGGCUGAUGGCUGAUCCUGGUUGGUCAAUCGUGAAGAAAAUUGACUAUAUAAAAAUUGAGCUUGCUAUAAUGGCACAGAGAUAUAAAGAUGAGUCCUUUCUCAAUGCCAAUCCCACGACUCCUUCCUAGUUGUGUACCCAAUCAAAAGGGUGAGUAUGAAGCUUCUCUGUCUACUUCCUGAAAGGGCCUGUGUUGUUGCAUUCUCUCUCCUUUUUUCAUUGAUUUCAAAGCAUGUCUGAAUGAAAACUUGCACUUUUUGUAUUUUGUCUAUUUUCUUUUUAAUAACCACUCCUGAUGUUACUGAAAAUGUGUUCCACGGUUCAAAGCAACUGAAGGGACUGACUGCAACAACGAACAAACUAUUGAGUCAUUUUAAUGGGUCAAACAAAUGAUAGACUACAACAUGUAUGGACUGUCAAUAUCGUCCCAUCAACUAUUAACAUGCAUUGAAUUCUAAGGAUACAGUAUAGCUGUAACUGAAAGCUUUGAAUGUCACUGACUGCUAAGCUACAGUGCCUUCAGAAAGUAUUCAUACCCCUUGACUUUCACCACAUGUUGUGUUACAGCCUGCAUUUAAAAUGGAUUUACACAGAUGGUUUUUAUGACGACUUCACAUAAUAACCCAUAAUGUCAAAGUGGAAUUAGGUUUUCAUAAAUUAACAAAUGAAUGAAAAAUUAACAAAAAUUAAAAGCUGAAAUGUCUUCAGUCAAUAAGUAUUCAACCACUUUUUUGUUAUGGCAAGCCUAAAUAAGUUCAGGAGUAAAAAUGUGCUUCACAAGUUGCAUGGAAUGUCAUGUGUUUAAUAUACUUUUUGAAUGAGUACCUCACCUCUGUACCCCCACACAGGUAAUGAUCUGUAAGGUCCCUCAGUCGAGCAGUGAAUUUCAAACAUCGAUUUAACCACAAAGACGAGGGAGGUUUUCCAAUUCCUCGUAGGGAAGGGCACCUAUUGAUUGAUGGGUUGUUUGUAUAUAUAUAUAUAUGAGCAGACAUUAAAUAUCCCUUUUGAGCAUGGUGAAGUUAUUAAUUAUACUUUUAGAUGGUGUAUCAACUCACCCAGUCACUACAAAGAUACAGGCGUGCUUUCUAACUCCGUUGCAAGAGAGGAUGGAAACUGCUCAAGGAUUUCGCCAUGGGGUCAAUGGUGACUUUGAAGCAGUUAAGAGUUUAAUGGCAGUGAUAGAAAAUGGAGGAUGGAUCAACAACACUGUAGUUACUCCACAAUAGUAACCUAAUUGACAGUGAAAAGAGAGCCUGUACAGAAUUUAAAAAAAUAUUCUAAAACACGCAUCCUGUUUGUAUCAAGGCACUUAAGUAAUACUGCAAGAAAUGUGGCAAAGCAAUUCCCUCUUUGUCCUGAAUAUAAAAGUCUUAUGUUUGGGGGAAAAUGCAAUACAACACAUUACUGAGUACCACUUGCCAUAUUUUCAAGCUUAGUGGUGGCUGCAUCAUGUUAUGGGUAUGCUUGUAAUCGUUAAGGACUGGUGAGUUUAUCAGGUUGAAAAAGAAACAAUGGAGCGAAGCACAGGCAAAAUCCUAGAAGAGAACCUGGUUCAGUCUGCUUUCCACCGGAAACUGGGACAUUAAUUCACCUUUCAGCAGGACAAUAACUAGAAUACAAAGCCAAAUCUACACUGAAGUUGCUUACCAAGAAGUUUUGACUUAAAUAUACUUAAAUCUAUGUCAAGACCUGAAACUGGUUGUCUAGCAAUGACCAACAAUCAAUUUAACCAAGCUAGAAUAAUACAAUCCAGGUGUGGCAAGCUCUUAGAGACUUACCCAGAAAGACUCACAGCUGUAAUCGCUGCCAAUGGUGUUUCAACAAAGUAUUGAUUCGGACGUGUGAAUAUGUAUGUAAAUUGGAUAUUUCUGUGUUUCAUUUUCAAAAAAUGUGCUUUCACUUGGUGGAAGAGGUGGUGAGACUUUAAUCCAUUUUGAAUUCUGUCUGUAACAACAAAAUAUGGAAUAAGUCAAGGGGUCUGAAUACUUUCUGAGGGCACUGUACGUCAUCAUUUUAAUGUGAUACCCUUGUGUUAAAUUAAAUGCUUGGGGUGGGUUAUUUUCUGGGGUUUGUUUUUUACGGAUAGUUUUUACAUUGUCAAACAGAAUCAACUGAAAUAUUCAAAAACUAUAUUAAAACAUGUGAACAAACCCUGUU